AGUAUAAUCUACAAAUUUUCCAAUCUCGGCCAGGCUUUUUAAUUCGUGGCUGAAACGUGAAGUUCUAUAUUUAGACCACGGCGUGAUCAAAGAGUGUUGGUCACGUGACCAUGGAUUGCCAGCGAGCAGACGACAUUCGGGAAAGUUUAUAAAUGUGGUUAUCUGUUUGUGACAUUACUUUUGCUCAUGCAUUCCUCGUGGCAAGCAGCAGCGAAAAUGAAGCGUAUGCGCCCAGAUGAUGUUGAUGAUGGUCAAGACCAAAGGUUUGGACUCACCGGCCAGGCCAGUGAUGUUCCUGUACCGUCUCUAACGAUCAGGUACCCCCCAGUAUUUGAUGACGACGUGUCUUCUCAGCAGUUCCAGUACAUGCAAUGUAGACCAAGAAGACAGAGCUACCCACCAUUCAACCCUUCCUCUCAAACCUAUCCCACAGACCGUUACUUCGAGUACCCACAGCGCCCUUGGCAAGACACCCAAGGCGAACAGGAAGCAGGCAGCUGCUAUGAAGCCGUUGACUUUUCUAUGAACAGAGAUGCUUCACGUGGAAUAGGUCCUCAGGUUCAUUCAGUAGGGGUAACUCCAUCUGCAUCGUGUGUCCCUUCGGCGUCGUUCCACAGCGCUGGGACGAAUGCUAGUCCAAGUCAUACACCUGGGAGGUCAGUUCAGGACAUUGUCAGGGGCACCCCAACAUUUCAACCCCCGGACCAGGUGCUUCGUCAAAUGCCACUCGUGAGCCCCAGUUCGGAACCAUAUUCAUUUACCCUUCUUCACGGCUCCAGUGUCUUUCAAAGAAACGAACCGUCUUAUUUAUCAGGACCGAGCUACCAACAUCGGUCCUUUCCAGAGGGCGCUGCCCCUCCAUGCCAGGGAACUCGGGCUCUCCCAGUACAUGUCCCAGAUCUCCCAGUUGGAUUAACGAGUGCAGAAGAAAAACCUUGUCAUCAAGCAGAGGAAUCCCAGCAACUGGUCUACUACAACCUUGACACCCCACAAAGCAACCAGGCCGUGGCGAGGGACCUUGUGACGGCACAUUAUCAGAUUGAAGAUGACAGUAUGGGCGUGCCUCUUCACCUCAGGCCGUUGUUGUCGCACAAGUACAUCCACACCCACAGACACAUCUGUAACUCAAAAUAUACCUGCGUGAAGAAGAGCCGCCAUCGUUUCAUGAUUUUGAUAAGUUUAGUUGGAAGAUAA